CCUUCCCCUGGCUAGAAGCGGCCAGGCAGGUUGGCAGCAAAAGCACUUAGCAGCAGGUGGAGGAUCUGGGUCUAUAACGGAACCAAGCUGGUGGAGUUUGGGGCUCUUCAGUUCCUGGCAUCGCCAAGUGCCGCUCUGGAUGUCAGAUUUUCCACUGGGAGCAUCGCUGUAGGGAUCUGCCUCGCCUCUCCAGUACUUGCCUAACCCCUGUUUCUGACUGCCCCCCUACCCAGAAUGGCAGCCAUCAAAAACUUGCAGCUGUGGUGCAAGCAGCAGUGUGAAGGCUACCGGGAUGUCAGCAUCACCAACAUGACCACCUCUUUCCGGGACGGCCUGGCAUUCUGUGCCAUCCUUCAUCGGCACAAACCAGACCUCAUAGACUUCAACGUCCUGAGUAAGGAAAACAUUUAUGAGAACAACGCUUUGGCAUUUCGAGUGGCUGAAGAACAGCUAGGCAUUCCUGCCUUGCUGGAUGCUGAGGAUAUGGUGGCGCUGAGGGUGCCAGACAGGCUGAGCAUCCUCACCUACGUCUCCCAGUAUUAUAACUAUUUCCAUGGACGAUCACCAAGUGGAGGCCUCUCUGGAAUCAAGCGUCCCACUUCGGAAUCGAGCGAGGAGCCACCUGGGAAAAAGGCCAUUUCGGAACCCAUCAAGCCGACCCCUGUAAGUUCACCAGCACGUCCACCAACUGCAGCCAAGAUAAACCCAGCACGUCCAGGGCAGGAUCUGCCAAAGGAAAAUCCUCCAGUGACAUCGAAAAGGGUCCUGACAGACAGUGGUAAUCUUCGUAGCAGCAGCUGUGCCAUCUGUGGGAGUCAUGUGCACCUGGUUCAGCGACAGUUGGUCGAUGGGAAGCUCUACCAUAGGAACUGCUUCAGUGAACUUCUGGAGACUAGGAUGUCUGCUGCUUGGACAAUAAACAGGCUCUUCAGAGCCGGCUUGGUGGGGUGCAAACAGUGUUCCAACACUCUACUGUCUGGGGCUUACAAACCUGGAACCGAACCUGGUACUUACAUCUGUACCAGCCACCAACAGCCAACCAGUCUCUGGAAUUCUGGACCACGUAGUGUAGAGAACAAACCUACCAGUGCCUCCACGACCUCAGGAGAUCCCCAGAAGGUGUUGGUGAAAUCAAGUCAGUUAAACAAAGGCACCAAUUCCACCUCCAAUCCCCCCAGUUCCACCAUGCCAUCUGGGUCACCUGCUGGCAGCAAUUUCAGCUCUGGUCCCAAAAGCCCAAAUACUCCAUGGUCGUCGUCAGCUGGGAAUAAAUCAGAUUGCCGUGAAGGUACUACUUCACCUUCUUGGACAGCAUCGGGAGCAAAAACGCAGCAAGCCCGAAAGAAGUUCUUUGAGUCCAGUGCGGGUACUUCAGAGUCUUUGACUGACAAAUCACCAGCUACUAAAGAUCAAGUCCUUCCUUCUCUUCCCUCUCAGGCAGCUAGUAAUACCACCUCUGGCAUACGCUUUUAUGGGGCAAACUCAGGCAACACUGAGAAAGAUAAAGCACGUCAACAUCUCACGCAGGCUCUUCCUAGACCAAAUGCCACUACAAACAGACCAGGAGGGGUCAGUUCCAGUAGCUCCCCGCUGCCCAGCAGCUUUUCUCCCACCGUCUCCCCCAGGGAGAGUCCUGAUUACAAAAUACAGGCCAACAAACCAGGCCAUGUGAAAAAGACAGAGCAUGCUGCAUGGAGACCGGUAUCUUCACCCAAAAGUCCAGAAAAAAAGUUAGGAGUUUGGGCUGCCACUCAGAAUGGAGAGAAGGACCCGGUCACCCUCAGAUCUGCCGACACAGGACGUAAGCCUGACUGGAAGGACACCACAGGAGGAGUGAACACCACUGAAGAUAAGUCUGAGAACCCAGCAGGCUGGCGAUCCAAACUGAAGCCAGUGGCCAACAAAGACUCAAACCAGGGUGGUCCUAAGAAAUCGAUGGACAGCUCCAAGGUGACGAGCAAUAUAGCCCUGAGCCCAGCAUGGGGGGAGGAGAAGUCGGCUUCAUCCAUUGCCACGCCAGCAAAUAAGGAUCCUGCUCCAUCUGCUGCGCUGCCUCAAAAGAAGAAACUGAUCCCUGACAAGGAUCUUUGCAGUGACUGGCUGAAAUGGGGAGAGCCCCUUGUCCCUGCCAAGGAGAAGGAGUCAGGCCAGUCAAAGCGGGUGUCUUCUCCAGUUAAACCGCCAACUCCAAAAAUCUUCCAGAGCCUUGUGAGCGAUGAAGUGGCAUCCCUGACCAAGCUCCAAGAAGAUUACAUCCCUGAGGAAGAAAUCCAGGAGAAGGUGCGAGAGAUUGAAAAGCAGCUGGAUGAGCUGGAGCUCAAGGGAGUUGAUAUGGAGAAACAUCUGCGUGAUUGUGAGGAAGAUGAUUCAGAGGAUGCUCUCAUGGUGGAUUGGUUCAAACUGAUCCACGAGAAACAGCUGCUGUUGAGACUGGAGUCAGAGCUGAUGUACAAAUCGAAACAGCAGAAGCUGGAGGAGAAGCAGUGGAAUAUCGAGAGCGAGCUGCGGCGCCUAAUGAGCAAACCAGAGGAGCAGAAGACCUACAUGGAGAAGAAGCGGGAGAAGGAGCUGCUGGACUCGUACGUGAACACCGUCAAUGACCGAAAUGAUAUCGUGGAAUGCUUGGACGAGGACAGACUCAGGGAGCUAGAGGAGGAUCAGAUGCUGGCAGACAUGCUCCGGAAGCUGGAUGCGUCUCCUGAGAGCCAGGAGCCCAACAAGAGGAAAAGCAAGUUCCGCUGGUCCAAAAUAUGGAAGCAGAAAAGCAAGAAGAAAGCGCAGCAGUGAAGUUCCCUGCACAGCAGCGUGGAGGGCCAUGGAAUCCAGGAGACUCCCCCGCGCUGCGUCUCUGGAGUCAGACGGUGCUCCUCUGCCCUGAGAAAGGGGGACUCAGGGCAUGAGGACUGCUGGGGCAGUGGGAUUCCCCUCUCCUCCCAGAAGGAGCGCGACGUGUUACUCACCCAGCUGAGUGAGAGCUGCCGCCUCUGCCAGGAGACUGCGCUGUGCCUUGCACUACGCCAGCACUGGCCUGGCUGUCACUCCGCUGAGCAGAGCUGAUUUGCUCCCUGGCUGCUAGCUCUCUGGUCACACCAGUUCUGAUGCCCCCUGAUCACACCCUGCCACCGGACGGGCUGCACCCCUGCCCAGGAUGGGUACACGAAGGGGGAGCUGUUCCUCAGCCUCCUUUCCCGCACACGUUUGCUCCACGAACAUUGGGAAGCUCGACGAGUGUGUCUACAUUGCAAUAAAACACCUGCCGUUGGCUCGAGUCAGCUGACGCGGGCUCAUGGGCUAUGUUCAGGCUCGGGCUGGAGCCGAGGCUCUGAGACCCCGUGACGGGGGAGGGUCCAAGAGCCCAGGCUCCAGCCUGAGCCUAAACGUCAACACUGCAAUUUUAUAGCCCCCACAAUCCCGAGUUAGCUGCCACGGGCCAGCUGGGGAUGUCCUAUUGCAGGGCAGACCUGCCCUGCAGAGCCAGGAGUCGCCGUGGGCCACCAGGGACAGAGGACCUCUCAGCAUCGGGAGCUGCAGGCCCCAGCGUGAACAGACUAGGAAGGGAGGGUGGGCACAGAGCUGGGGACCUGGCUCGCGUGGGGAGAUGGUUAGGGAUGGGAAGGACCUCGCUGGGCUUUGAGGAGAGAGGCUGCUGCAGGGACAUUCAGCAGCACUUCCGCUUUCCAAACUGCAGGGUGCUUGUCUGUCUGGGCCAGGCAUCUCCAUGACAUGACACUCCCUGCCCCUCUCUGCAGGACUGCACUUGCUCUCCUGGAGACGGGGCUGGAAAGUGGAGCUCUCGCUGCCUGUGGCCCGUCACUCUGAAGGUGGCAGCAGAACCUCUUACAAUGAGCUGGUAACUCGGGAGCCCAAGUGGACGAUGGGGGUGAACCGCCAACCCUUCCCCCAACCACAUUCUCUUAGUGGGGUAAACAGUCGUCUGCUGAGGCUCCUUUAAUGGUGAGCCAGCUGCCCCCGGGGUCCGAAUCUGAUGCAUUCAGCCUGGCAUGGGGAAGUUCUUUGCUGGGCUGAAGGAGUCGCAAGUCGAGGUCUCUCUCCUCACCCCUCCUCCCUGCACAUACAGAAAAGGACUGUAGCGAUGUGUCUGAUCUGACGUGCAUACACAUGGCCUACAGCUCUGUCACUCGGCGCUGGGCACCGCAGAUGAAGACUGGGAGGAGGGGUUCCAAAUCUUUCUUUGAUCCCCUUUCAAGCUGUGGAAUCUCCCUGCAUUUAUUCCCUUACUCCGACACAGUGGAUCUCCUUAGGAUCUUGCUGGAUGCUCUGCUCCUGCAUGAGAGAGACUUUCUCAUUGGAAGGUGGUCACCGCCUCACUCUCAGGAUGGAAGUCUGCAGCCUGAUACCUGUGCCUAGAAGUAUGUUGGUGUAAUGUUCUCCUUCUCCGCCAGGUGGCAGUAUGGUCCUCUGCCCAAGUUGCUUUGCCCAGGGCAGCGAACAGCUGAUUUGCUCAGGAAGUACUAAUGCUUUUUCUGUACAGUAUGUACAGUGUGUGCUGGGUCUGUAUAGUCAGCGUCGGCAUUUGGGGAUUCACUUUAUAUUUGCAUACAUUUCUAUUCAAUAAAUAAUAAAAUUGUAGAGGAAAA